GCACUGUUAUAGGUCGUAGGUUGGCAUCGCAGGCCGAAGAGGAUAGGGGUUGGAGUAAAAAAAUCUGUUUUCCGGAGCCGGAAACCGGAGCUCUGAGCAGGGAAAGGCUUUGAAGUUCCGGCGGGCGAGGGAAGCGAGGUGCUCGGCGCGCUGCCCGCUGGGGCCCAACGCACUGACGCCGCGGCCAGGGGCGCGGUCACCGGCGCCGCCACCACUCGCUCUGUCCCCUCCGAGGACCUCGGUUGUGGAUCGCAGGGUCUGACAGGAGACUGAGCAAGGGUGGAGACGUGCUGGUGGGAAGAAGUCGGCUGGCCCUCCCCCGGCUCUCAGGCCGAAAACAAUCCGGAAAAUCUGAACGGGGGGAGAGGGGCUCCGAGCCUCUGUGCUUUGGGGCGCCGCCCCCAGUGCCCCCUCCAACUCGGCUGCUAGGCGGGGACCCGAGACCGCGGACUGCGCAGGCGCGCGGAGGCUCGCAGCCGCCCGCAGAGAGGCGGAGGCUGAGGCAGCGCCAACGUCUAGGGGCUGUUUGGCGCUGGUUGCACCUGAGCGGAGCCCGCCCCGCGGUGGCAGACCCGAUCAUGCCUGUCAGCCCGACUGUGGUACAGACCUCCAUGACCCGGUCCCAGGUCGCCCUGCUGGGCCUGGGCCUGCUGUUCAUGCUGCUACUGUACGUGGGGCUGCCAGGACCCCCUGAGCAGACCUCCUGGCUCUGGGGAGACCCCAAUGUCACGAUCCUGGCUGGUCUCACCCCUGGCAGCUCCCCCAUUUUUUACCGCGAGGUGCUCCCACUUCACCGGGCCCGCAGGGUGGAUGUGGUGCUGCUCCAUGGAAAGGCCUUUAACUCCCAGACGUGGGAGCAGCUGGGCACACUGCAGCUGCUGGCACAGAGGGGCUACCGGGCCGUGGCCCUUGACCUCCCAGGUUUUGGGAACUCGGCACCUUCGAAGGAGGCAAGCACAGAGGCAGGGCGGGCACAGCUGUUGGAGCGAGUGCUGCAGGACCUAGAGGUGCAGAAUGUCGUGUUGGUGAGCCCUUCACUGAGUGGCUGCUAUGCCCUGCCCUUCCUGAUGCAAGGCCACCACCAGCUGCAUGGAUUCGUGCCCAUUGCACCUGCCUCCACCCAGAACUACACCCAAGAACAAUUCCAGGCCGUGAAGCUCACCACGGCAGGGCAGCGCCGCGCCAUGGCCAGCAAGCGUCGUGAGGGCGAGCACCCAUCCGUGACGCUCUUCCGUCAGUACCUGCGCAUCCGCACCGUCCAGCCCGAGCCCGACUACGGGGCUGCCGUGGCCUUCCUUGAGGAGAGAGCCUGCCAACUGGGCCUGGGCUGUCAGAAAGUGGAGGUGGCAGCUGGCCGUGUGGUGACUGUGCUGACCUGGCCAGGCACCAACCCCAGACUCUCUUCCCUCUUGCUCAACUCCCACACCGAUGUGGUGCCUGUCUUCAAGGAACAUUGGAGUCAUGACCCCUUUGAAGCCUUCAAGGAUGCUGACGGCUACAUCUAUGGCAGGGGCGCCCAGGACAUGAAGUGUGUCAGCAUCCAGUACCUGGAGGCUGUGAGGAGGCUGAAGGCUGAGGGCCACCAUUUCCCCAGAACCAUCCACAUGACCUUUGUGCCAGAUGAGGAGAUCGGGGGUCACCAAGGCAUGGAGCUGUUUGUGAAGCGGCCCGAGUUCCAGACCCUGAGGGCUGGCUUCGCCCUGGAUGAGGGCCUGGCCAACCCCACUGACGCCUUCACUGUCUUUUACAGUGAGCGGAGCCCCUGGUGGGUGCAGGUCACAAGCACCGGGAAGCCAGGCCACGGCUCACGAUUCAUUGAGGACACAGCAGCAGAGAAGCUGCACAAGGUUGUGAGCUCCAUCCUGGCUUUUCGGGAGAAGGAGAGGCAGAGGCUGCAGUCAGACCCUCAACUGAAGCAGGGGGCCGUAACCUCCGUGAACCUGACUAAGCUAGAGGGCGGUGUAGCCUAUAAUGUGGUACCUGCCACUAUGAGCGCCAGCUUUGACUUCCGCGUGGCACCAGAUGUGGACCUGAAGGCUUUCGAGGAGCAGCUGCAGGGCUGGUGCCAGGCAGCUGGCGAAGGGGUCACCUUCGAGUUUGCUCAGAAAUGGACAGAGCCCCGAGUGACAUCUACUGAUGAUUCAGACCCCUGGUGGGCAGCUUUUAGUGGGGUCUGCAAGGACAUGAACCUCACCCUGGAGCCAGAGAUCUUCCCCGCUGCCACAGACAGCCGCUAUCUUCGUGCGGUGGGGGUCCCAGCUCUGGGCUUCUCACCCAUGAACCACACACCCGUGCUGCUCCACGACCACGAUGAACGGCUGCAUGAGGCCGUGUUCCUCCACGGGAUCGACAUAUACACUCAGCUGCUACCUGCCCUGGCCAGCGUGCCCACCCUGCCCAGUGAAAGCUGAGCCCUGCGCUCUCCAGCCUCCACCCCUGACCAGUGCCAAGGACCCUUCUUCCCUCCUGCCCAACAAUAAAGUCUGUGUGGACAGGGACCACUUCUGAAGUA